UCUCUUUGCUCCUGUUGUUCGAAAUUCAUUUGAAUAUCAUACCAUAGCCUUUCAUGAGGAAACGGAUAAAGCUCAAUUAUUUACGAAGAAUUGAAGAGCCAAUAUUAUGACCGCAUUACUUCAACUUGACUUUCAGGCUGGAAAAAAAUUCGAACAACGCACGUGAGCGAACCUGUCACGAACCGCUGCCAUUUGGCAAGCUCAUUUUACCCACGCUCAGUUACUUCAGUGCACCGUUUUGAUUUGUUCUUUUACAAUGUGGCCCUGGAAGUCUUCUAAACGCUCAUCAGAAUUUAGGGUAAGAAAAUGCAACAAGGUGAAGGCAACAGAGUGGAAGAUAAAAAAACGGCUCUUUUGUUAAAAUAUCGACUGGCUGACUCAAUGCAAGUUUGCCUUUUCUCAUUUGUUUUUAAACUUUCAGUUGCUGCUGGCUACUUUUUGCUUACCUUGUUUAUUACAAAUAGUAGACAGAAUAUGAUGAAUGGAAUACUAAGUUGGGACUUAAUUUAGUACUUAGUUUAGGACUUAACGAACGAAUAUCCUUUUUUGUAAUUGUAAUUUUUCUCCUUGCGGAAUUUAUUGCCAUAGAGUCGUUUCUGUGUUGAGAAUUUUUUGAUGACAGCUGCCUUACGUCGCGCCGUCAGCUAAACCAUACUAGCUAUGGCUAAACAAAACACAAACAAUUAAACAGUUCUUUUGACAUGGCCCCUUAAUUUUUUAUCGCUAAUCUGAAAAAGUGCGAUAUUUGACAACUCGUCUUGUUAUUUUAUGCCUUUUAUGUGUUAUUCAGUUUGGGGUUAUUUUGAAAAUCCAAUUUUUUAAUUUAUUUCUUUUUUCUGUAAACUGGACGACUAAACUCAAAUGGAAAGUGUAAAAUUUUACUGCUUUUGUCUUGGUUAUUACACAGGAUGACUCAUCAAAUUUGGUGAAUGCUUUGAGAUGGUUGAUUGAACAGAGAAGUGAAAAUUAAAAUUGAACGUGAACAAAUAUAUCAUCCUUAAGUAAGAGAUCUCGUAAAACUUUAUUUCUAACCACAAAAAUAGGGGGUUAAAAAUUCUUCAUGAUUGAUAAUGAAAAAUGAUUGUAAUAUUUUUGCGGCUUUUGUUUGCUGUUAUACCUAUUCAAAACAGCCUUGCAAUUGUUUGUUUCAUGCAUCACAGAGUAUUCACAUCAUCAUGUUCAGUGGGCUUAAAAAGCAUGCACUAAACUGUUUAGUCACUUAGCAACACCAGUGGUGCAUGCUCAGUUCUGCCUUAAAUCACGGGGUAGAGUUUUCAUUACAUUUUUGUUCUUGGCUAAAACACAUAUAACGGUAGCAGCAAAGAAAACUCUGCUAGCAAGGGUCAAUCCUCUGCAUGGCCUCUAGAAAGGUUACUAAUAUAAGUAAUAAUUGUAUUUGACUGUACAAGUGCAGCACAUUACAUGAAAAAUGUAGUUUUGCCUUAGUUGAUAUGGAGACUGAUAGUUGUAAGUUAUAGGAAGAUUAAUGUUUGUUGUGAUGUAAUCAGCCCAUAGUAGACAUAUACUUGUACAUGUUGCCCCUCCAUGACUGAUGUUUGUCUUUUUGUUUGCAGUAUGCAUCAGAUAACUCCAAGUAUCAUCCGCACCCUCAUCUUGGAUUCCACAUGACUCAGCGUAUGAUGUACCUUAUGAUGGGGUGCCUGUGCUUUGGUGUGCUUCUUAUUCUAAUAAAUAUUUAUCAGCUAAGAAGCAUAAAUGCUGGUUUGGCUGUUGGUGAUCCCGAGUUUGGAAGCUCAAGCAGACCAAUUGUUUGGAUUAAUGGCAAAAAUGUAAGAAACCUUUACUAGUCAUGGACUUUGCAGCGUCUUCUCGUCUGUUGAACUCAGAGAGGCUUUGCAUUUGUUGAACAAAUUAAUUGCUUGAAAAAUCCUCAUUGUUUUUUUCUUUUUGUACCUGCAAUAAAUAUGUCUUUGUUAUACGUGCAUGAUUAUCUAAAACUAUGCAUAGAUUCUCCUAUCCAUAUCUCACUCAUGAAGGUAUGUUUAAUAUUUUUGUGCAACUUUUAACAGAAAGACAGACUGUAGACGCUUCAAAAUAAGAAGUACAAAUUUCAGGAAAAGUACGGUCAUAAACAGUGCAUUAUUCUAACUUUCAUUGCAGCUGAGAACAGGCUACUUGAAUCAUGUGAUAGCUGUGUUCAGCCGCAUUGGUUACACCCGGACAGAAUCACGUAAUCGACUUUUUGAUGUCAUGUGGUCACAUGAUUAUCCAUUUGGUGAACUUAAAGAAAUGCUGCAAAAUUUAGAACCUCAUCAAAAGGUUAGGAAUUUAUUAGAUAUAAUAGCAAGCUUAUUAAAACCUCAUUGAAAAUGACCAAAAGUUGAUCUUUCCCUCUUAAAUGUGGUCUGUCUGUAUAACAGUCAUUACUGUAUUCUUCAAAUUAUGCAUGAGUAAAGAAAAAGCAUUAUAAGCACUCUAUUAAACCAAACUAAAACUCUACUUCUCAUUCUUUUUUAUCAAACUCACUGAUAUGCAUACUUUUGUUAUUCUUGGAAUCUGAACUGCGAGAGGCUGAACUAUAACUGACUUUACAUGUAUAUGUUACAGGUCAAAUUUGAUUUCAGGUUAAUUUUGAUUUAACCUAGAUUGAUUCUCAAUUUCCUUUGUUUCCUUCAUGAAUAUGAACAAUUGUUCUCUCCAAUAAACAACUGGAAUGUAGAUAUCAUGUACAGUAAUUGCAAAAACUACUUGAAACUUUUUUUAGUACGUAAAACACUGCCAUUUAACUGCGAGAAAUGCAUUUUAAGUGUACUGUAGUCUAAAGACAGAACAAGAACAAGCUCUUGCUAGAUCACUGACAUUAACAUGUCACAGGCACUUUAGUUUUCUACAUUUCAUACAAGUGGCCACAUUAACUGGGUAAAAGAUUCUACUGUUUGGGAUUUGAAAACAUGGCCGACUUGGCUGUAUUUAUGUGUGAUCGAAUAAACGUUUUUUUUUACAAGAAAAUCUAUGACUGUUUUGCCGGGCCAAAAAAAGUGGUUGUAGUAAUGAGGUGACCAUAUUACUGAGGUGGCUGUUAGGUGGGGUUCCACUGUACCUGAAAUUGUUUGGUUGUUUUAAAUUGUUAAAAACCAUUUAGCCUUGUAAAAUACUAUUUUAAUCCUUUAUCUUUUUUUAAAGAUUUUUGAGACUACCAAAGUAUUUUAUUCUGUAAAUUAUGCUAUCUAUUUCUUCCAGAUUAAUCAUUUUCCUGGAUCAGGUUACAUAACAAACAAAGUAAGCUUGGCUGUAAAUCACUUUCCAUUUAUUCCACCAGCCUUUGUGAUACCAAAGGAUUCUGACAAAUUUUUGGAAGAGGCAAGUUCAAUAUUCACUAUUAAUUAAGAACAUGUUAUCACAUGUAUUAUUAAAAACUGAAUCAUUGGAUAAUGCAAUUCUAGCAUUUUGAUUGGCUUAGCCAUUAUGGUAUAUGAGCUAUUAUACCAUGCUCUCCAUAUAUGGUUGGUGUACGCGUCAGUUUAAAAUUGGAAGCCAGCUGAGAUUUUUUUUCGCGAAGGAUAGAACGGCGCCCGAAGCAAAUUGUUUUAGUUCAUUUCUUAGAAUACUAGAAAUGCGAUUUCGUCGAAAGAAAAAAGACAAAAACAAACAAAAAAGCCACAAGAGCUUGUUUGAAAGUUUGUCGAAAAACACAUGAAAAUACAUGGAACUAAAGUACCUUGACCAGCUAUGAAAGAUGACAAGUGUUGUUUCUUCAUGAUCGCAAAGCCAUUAGCCGAUCGAGUCACUCACCGAUAGAUAACUGCGGCUUGUUUAUCCGACAUCAAGAAUAUAAAUCACAAGUAACCAGCUAACCAGCUGAGAAUACAGGCUAUGCAGCCAUUCACUAGAGCAAUCGAGGCGGCAGUAUAGCUUCUUUUCUCGUUCAGCAAAACCAGCUUGUGGCUUCAAACAACUUCAUAACAAGCGACCGAGGUAAUAGUUUUUCUCCGUUGUUCUUACUUUUAUAACUGCACCGAAAAUCCAAAUUCACAGUAAUUUCGACGGCUGUCACUUAAAAAUUCUUUUCCUUCACAUUAUCUGUCAGGUUUUUUUAGCUGUUCUGCUGUGUAAAAUCCUAGAAUCCUGAUGAGUUUUUAAAAAACUAAUGCUCAUCGCUACAAUGUUUUGAUUUUUCAUUUAUGCAGUCCAGGCGAAUCCGCUCGCGCGUUGACAGUUUUGAUAUACGUGUGACAUGUGAAUAGCGGAAGUCCCUUGUCAGCGAUCCGGUUUGUUCUAGGCGGGGAGAUUCAAAGAGAUUUUGUGGGCGUUUUUAAUAAAACAAUUAUUCCACUCGCCCUUGUUGGAUAUGACAUGAUUAUAGCCAACUCGGCGCUACGCGCCUCGUUGCCUAUCUAUCAUCUCAUAUCCAACGCGCCCUCCUUGUGGAAUAAUUGUUAAAUAACAUACAUGUAUACCACAGAAUAAUAUGUUCAACCAAUGGACCUUAAAAGUUUGAAAAGAUCUUUUGGGGCCAUAACUCAGGAUUUGAACUGCUGACCUUAUAAUAAGCAGUUUUUGUUGAAACGUCCAAAACCGGACAUUCAAGGCUUGCAGGGCUGAAAGUAACAUCUGCUGGUCAUGUUGCCUGGCCAAACAAACUUAAGAUUGGCAAUAUUGUCUUCUUAAUAAUAUGACUGGUCAUAUUAACAAGACAUAAAUCAUCAUCAUCAUCAUUAUUAUUAUAUUGAUUCAAUAUUCUCAGCUAGUUUUAUGAUUUACAGAUAAAAAACCAUCCCCAGAAACUGUGGGUGGAGAAGAGUAAUAAUCAUAGAGGAAUACGAAUCAAGUCUCUUAAAGGUACUACUCAGAUUUCCUAGUUCAUGAGUGUAUAAUUCCUGUCUAAUUUUGUCUUCAUUUUUAUGGUUUCUUUUGACAGAACUGGAUCUGAACAAGGGAUCUGACGAUCAUUUUAUCCAGGAGUACAUUGCUAACCCACUUCUCAUUGAUAAACGGAAGUUUGACAUUGGACUGUACACUGUACUUACAUCUAUUGAUCCUCUGAGAGUUUAUGUCUAUGACCAAGAAGUUCUAAUUAGGUAUGACUUGUUUUAGCCAUUUUCAGGGGCGGAUCCAGGAUUUUAUUUAGGAGGGGGUGCGCUCGUCUCUUGCUCUAUUUCAACAUCAAUAAACCAGAAUGCAGAAUACCAGUUGUAUUAGAAAACCGCAGGUCAUCUCAGGGAGGGGUGCGCACCCCCUGCACCCUCCCCCUAGAUCCGCCCCUGAUUUUGUAUUCAUAAGCUGAAUGUAAGUGAAUCACUCUCAUAAAAGUGGUAUCAUUAUAGCAGCUGAAUAUGCCUUCUAUGAAGGCCUUGCAGUUUUCAUUUUAAAUCUUUCUUUUUUUUCAUAAUGUGAUCAGGAGUAUGGCUUUGAGGCUAGAUUCUAUUCGUUAAGUCUCAAUAAUAUUGUUCUGUUUUACACUUGAAAUAAGGAGCUACUCAGAGUCUUAAAGCACUUUGGACAGAGGUAUUGUAGUGCCCCAGCUUGGGUGUGAUAGCUAAACCUUCCCAUUCAGUCAAACCUUAGAAAGCCAUGCAUGUACUUGUAGAUAUGGUGAUGUUGUUUGGAAACAAUCUUCUGAGAUGCUUGUAGUACUCUGUAAGAAGAACAUCACUAUUUUUGUUCUGUAGAUUUUGUGAGAAGGAUUAUUAUCCAUUUGAUCCGGAAGAUACUAAGAAGUAUGUCGUGGAAGAUGCUUACACACAACCCUGGGAGGUAUAGCUAAAAUCCUCUGUUUCCCUUUCCAUCCCUUCCCUUUUGUCUGUUUUGUUGGUUUUUCUUCUUUGCUUUCUUAUUUCAUUUAUUAUAACUAGUUGCAAACAUUUUUGUACAAUAAGAUAAACUGAAAUACAUAGCUGACGGAGACCCUGAAACAUGAAACAGUAUGUUAUGGACAGUUUCAAAUUGCAAAAGUAGAAAAAACAACAAGAAAAGCUUCUAUUUCAUUAACUUCCUUUCCCUUCUUCCAUUCCCUUUGAUUCACUUCAUUUCCUUUAAUUACACUUUCGUUUCCCUUUUUUUCUGUUCCCUUCUGUUCUGUUCCCUUUUCAUCUCUUCUUUUUAGGUGUCUUUCUCCUCUUAAUAACAGUCUACCAUCCUUAAUUCAAUAUUUAGUCCAGUAUUUUGCGUUCUGUUAGCCUCAGCUGUCACCUGGUUGGAUUUUUCUACAGCAAAUUUGGUUAUCUUGCCUUUAUUUCAGUUACCAUCUCUGAAGAAACUGUGGGAAAAUGGAAAGUACAGUCGGAAACUUUUACUAAACACAUACCUCAAACAAAAUGGUAUGUUACUGCUCCUUUAUUUCUUUGUCAGAUUUUAUAAAACGGACAUGAACAUGGGUAUUAUUUCCUCUUAUCUUAUUUACCAGCUUAUAUACCAGCUUUUCUGGACACAGGCCUGCCUAGAGGGAAUGUGCACGAACGGCACUCAUGGGUCCCAUGCGAGCUGCCAUCCCAAGCCACUCCCACAACCCUUAAAGGUUGGCCACACCAUCGGGGUCUACGACCCCUACUCUUUUAGAAUAGUGAGUGAUGUGGGUUCUUUUACGUCCCACAAGAACAAAUCAGUGAAAGUGCUAUGAGACGGGACCUACGGUUUUUCGUCCUUAUCCGAGAAGACUAGAAAGUCUAACCAUUUGCAGAUGUCAUUACAAAGGCAGCACUUUCUUCUCAGUUAUUUAAAGACCCUGAGUGUUGGUCCGGCCGGGGUUUGAACCCGCGACCUCCCGCUCGGCAGACCGGUGCUCACUCAACUGAGCUAACCAGGCGGCGGUUUGUCUUGUAGGUAAAGAUGUUAAUAAGAUGUGGAAUGAUAUUUAUCGAGCCAUUGCAGAGGUAAUGACUACUUAGUUUGUUGUUUCAUUGGAUUUAAAUAUUGUACUGUACAUUUGUUAGAAAAAACAAACAAAUGACGAUGAUGAUUACGAUUACGUUGGUGAUGAUGAUGAUGAAAUUUUAUUUAGACUGACGAAUAGACCAAUCAUAAAAUCAAAGUUAUCUCUGGUAUAAACUGGUACCAACUACUACCCUUAUUCAUUUAGGGUCGAGUGUCGUUAUUCAGUGCUGCAGUGUUUCCUGGUCGUUCAUUUAGAAAGCCUACGAACUGCUCAUACGAACCCGGCCUGCACAGGGAGCUGUACAAAAGCCUAAUCGCAUUUUUUACCUACUCAAUUAAAUUAAUUUAAAAUUCUUUUUUAUUCCAUAGGUUUAUUUAAGAAAGGAGCCAGAUAUGAUUAUGGCAGGUGCAACUUACAGAUCCACGAGGUAAGUGGACAACUUUUGUGACAAGCGGGUGCCGUAAUUCAAACAAGGCGUAAGGCAUUAGAGAGUUUUAGAACCACUUUUAGGGCAUAUGGCGAGCGUCAGUCUCAAAUCGACAAUUCAUUUCAAACACUAGGAAAGAAAGUGUUAAAAACUGUUCAAAAUAAAUUCUUAUGGAUGACAAUGGCAUAAAACUACAUAUUUUUGUGUAGAUAUAAUGAACAGUGAACGACCAGUAAAGGGAGACUUGGUAUUAUAGCAUAGGCGUACGGGAAAUUUUUUACCAGGGGGGGGCGGUAAUCCAUUUGCCCAUAAAUUCUUGCAAGUUGCCCGAAUUUUUACCAAACAGUCGAAAGGAAACUAGGGCCAUGCAACAAAAUAGGCCGUACUGGCAUAUGAAAGUGGCUCGAUACAAUACCUGCCAAGUUUGAGCAUAAACUAUGUCGCCACAAACAAGCAUUUGGAAAAAAUUGCCACCACAGUUGUAUUCAAAGAAGGAAAUUUGGCAUGAUCAGGAUGGCAAUGACAUCGGAGCUGUAAUAGCAACGAAAUGACGCCAUUACCUAUUAUACUUGCAGCAAUAUUUCUCACUGGGAACUCUGUUCUUACAAAAUCGUUCAGGGAAGCUCUUUCCUCCAAUAGUCGCCUCAAUGUUCAUGAAGUUACAACGGAACUGUAAGAGCGUUAUCGAGAUAUUUUGGGAUGAAGUUUUUAUUGUUAGAAAUAAGUUAAAAAAGGAAAAUCUUGAUGUUUAGUCGUAAUCUGAAGAAAACGAAGCGCUUUUGACAUGUAAUUUCACCUCAUAGUAGUUUCAAUGUUUUAAAAACGUGUUUGAAAGAUCAUGGAGAUAGCUUCUGCCAAUUGCUAUAAAGAAGGAUUUGAUUAGCGCUCGAUCUUGUUAGGGGUUUUGUAAACAUUUCGGUCUACUUAAACAAAUUAGUGAAUAAUUUUUAAACCGCUGGAUAGAUUUUUUUUAAAAAAUUAUGAUUCUUCUCGUAAUUCAAACUGAGAAUUAGUCAGCCACUUCUUCACUUUCAGACCCAUUGCUGAUGCGUGUUCUGCCACACACUGUUCUAGGAGCGGGAGUGAAUUUAGAAAGUUAUGCGGAAGUUUAUUCUAAUCAAUUCACGACUGGAAAUAGCCCAUUCCAGCUAAUGCAGUGAAGUACAGUGCCCAACAAUAAAAAAAAUCAGCAUACGAUACCCUUCCCUUAUAACCAGAAACUCAUCACGUGUUAGGCCACGACAUGUCUCGUGUGAACGUGACUGAAUUAUUACGCUGACUUCUGGUUAAAAUAGAAAAUAUUAUCUCUUCAAAAUAAUAAUAAUGAUAAAAAAACAUGGAAACGUCUUCAAAAAUUGGCUUUGCCCAAAUUUUCUCUUGCUGCCCAAAAAAUCUGAGUUGCCCAAACUUUGGGGGGGCUGUAGCCCCCCUCGCCCCCCCGGCCCGUACGCCUAUGUACUAUAGUGGUGCAAGUCCGUAAAAUCGGUAGAUAACAGUUGAAAUUACUGACACGAGUAUAAAGACGUGAAUAGGCUACUGAUGUUUUCCAUCUUGAUUCUUCUUGCAGAAAUUUCUUUGAGAUGGUUCGUUUUGAUUUUAUCCUUGACGCCGACAUGAAAGUAUGGCUUAUGGAGGUAAUCAGUGCUUGUUGUUACGGCCUUUAACUGCAUCAUGGCUGAGAUACAAUGUAAUGUGAUUAAUCCUAAUAUUACCUGGUAUUUUUUAGGUGAAUAUGUCCCCUAACUUGUCUUCAGCAGCACACUCACAUAAUAAACUCAUGUAUGAACAGGUAUGCUAGUAGCUUCUUGCCUCAGUAUUCUCAGUCUCCUCCAUAAUCACAGCUUCUGAGUAGACCUGUACUUGAACUGUGUGUAAGGAGUACUUUCAUGUAGUAUUUCGUUUUUGGUUUCUUUGUUUGUAGUUUUUUCGUACCUUAACACUUUCAUCUUGAAUGUUAAUUCAAGUGAAAGCUACAAGUCGAGCUCAACAUUAGCCUUUCCUGUACGUUCCUGUACUUUACAUUACGCCAUGCAAAGUUGUCCCAGUGUUGAUUCUGUGGGCGGAAACCUAAAUUGUAACCACUGAAAUGAAAGCUACUGAGCAGUACUUUCCUGUGGUACUGUGUAUUAUGCUGUGCAAGGUGGUUCUACUUUUGAGUCUGUGGGUGAAAAACUUAAGUGUGAGCAUUAAAAUGAAGGCUACUGAGUAGUGCUUUUCUGUUUUACGGUUUACUGUGUUGUACAAGGUAGUUCCAGUUUUUGACCAUUCAAAUCAUGGGAGAGAUACUGAGCAGUACUUACCAGUGGUACCGUAAUAACUUGCUUUUCAUGUUUGGGUUUCAGAAUUGCGGGAUUGUGGGAAAUCUAAUCUAGUCUAAGUUCACACUAUAAUGGGUGUAGUAUGAACAGGAACGGCCCAGGCCGCCACAAGUCGUUCACGCACAUCGUUUGCUACACGAAAUUCCAGUCCUCACUAUUCCUCAAUAUUUACUUCCAUUUCAGUGGGCCCAGUUCUCGAUCCUACUUAUUUACGUCCGUUGAAUAGGUGUUCACACUGCACCAAAGUAUUGCACUUAUCCGAUAUGUGAUUCUCCACUUUCGAGAUCGGCGCGGCGCGGCGCAGCUUGACUCCGUCACUGAAAUCGCGCCGCUAGAACCGUUCUUGUGUGUGAACAGACGCCCUGUGAUCCGGUAUGAUUUUCGUGGCGGCAUGAAAGCUACCCGGUACAGUGUGAACAAAGAAAGAGGAAUUUAACAAAUAUGCUGUUUUAUUAUACUUCUGUAUUUGUAAUGAGAUGUACAUGUAAAUAAGUACGAGGUGUUGGUCUACCAUACUGCACCUUAGUGAAACUGGGUCAGCAUUUUUAAAUAUGGUUAUUGUUAACUUUCUGAAAGUGAAGAAUGAUCUUGGCAGUACAUUUACUGCGAUGAUCAUUCUUCACUUUCAUCUACAACCGCAGUUCAAAAAUGAAUUAUUUCAUAUACUUCACAUCAUUGUUAACUUUCUAUUCUAUUUGUUAGGUUGUGUUUAAUCUUCUUGGUUUAGUGGGAGUAGCUACCAGAUUGGAUCAUAGUUUGAAGUACAGGUAAGGAAACUCCUCCAAAGUCGUAAAAUGUUUGCUAACAGUCAAGAAUUCAGUCAGUUGUAUUAAUUACAGAUACCUUGCUUUCAAAGCUCGCCCUCUGAAAAAGACAUGUUAGUCAGUGAUCACGACACGCAGGUUUUGUACGAGACCUGUUCAAGUAAAGAAUGUUCCAAGAGCUGUUAUAGUGAGGUAGGUGUCCUGUGGUUAUUUUCGAUCAUCAUCUUAUCCUUGCUUUGGAAUCUUUUCAUAAGUAGGUUGAGUAUGAUCAUCCGGCUGAACGUAGUCCUGACUGUGACUGACGUUUGGACAACCAGUGCGCUAGUCCUUGAAAAUUGUAGAAAAGAAUGUAAUAUGCUUUAAAUUAUUCUGGUACAAGAUUUUUGUCUACUGAAAAUUAAAAUUACUCAAUUUCCUGGUGGAUUCCGUCUUAACCUUUCCUAGUUAAUCCGCGCCAUGUCUUUUGUUUCUUUCCUUAGAAAUGUCGUCUAUGUUACCCUUGUCUUAGGGAGAAUGAACGAGAGUUUAUCAAAGCUGCGUAUUUAGAGCAUCACCACAGGGGAGGAUACCGUAGAGUUUACCCCCCUCCCCUGGUAAGUAGAAUAAUGUGAUAAACGGUAACAAACAAAAGAGGUUUCGCUUGACUAUUUUUGCCUGCGUAGGUGGCGGUUUCGGUAGAGUUCGGUGAAGAAUUCGCUUUUUAAACGAGUGGCGAAGCCGCCAAUAGAAAUGAGGAGGAGAAACAACUUUCCCUCUCGUAGGCUUCGCGGCUCGUUUGAUGCAUGAGUAGACAAAUAGAGUCUUUCUUUAGCGACGAAGACAAUAGUGUCGAACUUAUUUAAAAUUAUAUACUCCCCCUCUAAUAACUUAGUUUUCAAACCAGACUACCACUGGGAGCUAUAUGUAUGCAGGUUAGAAUGUUACAUCAGAGAAUUUUGUCCACACACACCUCAGGAUUUUCGUGCACGCCCAAGAACAAAUCUGAUAGCGGUUGGUCGUUCUUGUGAAACCUAGUAAAAGUUAGCUCCUCACACUAUCAUUAGUAUAAAUUUGUUGAAUAUCUGUUAUUCAAUCCUCUUUCUCUUUCUUGUUUUUCUUUUAUUUUGUUUUAGACUCACACAGGAGAAACAAGGAAAGAUAGUCCUGCAUUAAGUUUGAGUUCGCCUAAUCAGCUCAUGCAUCAGUGGUUUCAAGCCAUGUGUCAACGCGAUAUAUCAUGGUGUGCUUAGUCUUUACUAUGUAAUUAUUUAGUAUUUAUUAUUUUUUAUCUGUGAAAUAACUGAGAGACAAAACGGUGCGCCCUGAUUUUCGAAAAACGUUUUUCUUAUCAUAAGGGUAAAUUCAGAUGCAGG